AUGGCGCGGGCCAUACUGGCGCUGAGCAAGAACCUGGUGGAGGAGGCCACCUGCCCGCUGUGCCUGGAGCUCUUCCGGGAGCCCGUUAUCACCGACUGCGGACACAGCUUUUGCGGGCCCUGUCUAGCCGCGGCCAUGGGGGUCCCGCCGCGCCCCAUCGACUGCCCGCAGUGCCGCGCCGCCGUGGCACCGGCCUCGCUGCGGCCCAACCGCUCGCUGCGCUCCAUGGCGCAGCUGACGGAGGCUCUGGACAAGGCGCGGCGGGCGCAGUGCCCGGAGCACGGCGAACUGCUCGGCCUCUUCUGCCAGACCUGCCGCUGCCUGCUCUGCCCGCUGUGCCGAGACGAGCCCCAGCACCGCGACCACCCCGCCCGCCUCGCCGAGGAGGCCGCCCGGCAGCUCCGGGAGACACUCCAGAACAACCUGGUUCUUCUACAGAAAGAGAAAGAAGAAUUUAGGCCCAUGGGACAAAACAAAAGUGAUAGCCUACUGGGGAAGGUGGCCUCAGAGCAGCAGAGCCUGCGAGAUGCUUUCACGCAGCUGCAGGAGUUCCUGCAGGAGCAGGAGGAUGUCCUGCUAGCCCAGCUUGACCAGGUGCAUGAGGAGCUCAACCAGGAGCGCUGCAGAUACAUCUCCAAUAUUUCAGAGAGGGAAAUGCUGCGGGACACGCUGAUUGCGGAGAUAGAGAGGAAAUGUGACCAGCCAAUGGCAGAGUUCCUUACGGAUGUUGGCAAAAUCAUGGACAGGUGUGAGGCAGCAAAGACCCCGAUCCCUGAGCCGGUUUCCCCGGGGCUGGAGAGGACCCUUCAGAGACUCUUUGAGAGUACCCAGAUGCUCACAGCUGUGAUGGCCGAAUUCAAAGUGACCCUGCUGAGUAAGAUUGACAGAGAAAGGGUGAAGGUAUGGCUGGACCCAGAGACAGCGAGCCCGUACCUGUACCUCUCAAAGGACUGCAAGACUGUGCGGAUGGCAAGUGGAGAGCAAGAACUCCAUGACAACCCUGAGAGAUUCACAGGCAGCUCCAGUGUCCUGGGCUCCGAGGGCUUCACAGCUGGGAGGCAUUACUGGGAGCUAGAGGUAGGGCAUGGGGACAGCUGGGCAGUUGGUGUGGCCCUGGAAUCUGUUCGGAGGAAGGACUCGCUCAGCAUGGCCCUGGGGAAGAUCUGGGCCCUGCGGCUGGACUGGAAUCACCAGUACACGGCACUCCACAUGCCCCCCACCCCACUGGAACUGAACCAAGAGCUCCGGAAAAUCAGGGUCCACCUGGACUACGAAGGGGGCCAAGUGACCUUUUAUAAUGCAGAGAACAUGAUGCAGAUCUUGCAGUUCAAAGCCACCUUCACUGAGAAGGUCUUCCCAUACUUCUGGCUCUGGUCACAAGAAACCUACAUACAGUUGUGUGCCUGAUGGGCUCACAUGCCUCCUGGUCCCUUGCCUGGACUCUUGCCUAGCUGAGCAGGCAUGAACUGUGGAAAUGAUGCACCAUCGUUGUGCAAACUCCCUGCAGUUGGAUCUCCUCUGUGUGUUGCUGCACCUCCCCCUGCCAAGUACUUUGGAACAUUAAAGCCAUGUUGUCCUGCC